GGAAAUUAUACAUAUACUAUGCUGGGCAGUGAAUUAUGUAUGUAUCCGUAUUGGACACAUACGGCAACACUCAAACAAACGGCAGAUUGCGUCUGAUUGUUUUUCAGGUUCAAACUUUUAGAUAAUGUAGUCCUGCAGUAAUGUGCAUUAGGUAGUACGUAUUGUUAAUUAUGGUAUGUUGUUUUUAAAAAGAAUAGUUUUCUUGAUAAAUAAACUGCAUUCAUGACAAUGGGCUGCGAAAAAUAAUGAAGACUAUUAGAAAAAUUGAUGCUAAAAAUUGCUUUUUGGCGAUGUCUACUUAUCCGACGAAUAUUCCAUGGAAAAAGCAGUGAUAGUGACAGUGAUUCGUCUUCUGGAAAUUUUAUAAAACCCAAGCGCAAAGAAGUUAGAGCCGAUAGAGCAUCAAUUACAGAAGAGUUUCAACUGAACGCAAAUACAUCUUCAGAUGAAGAAGAUAGUCCAAAUGAGCUUAUAUAGUAACAUGUCUAAGAUUAACUUCAAAUUAUCAACAAAUUACUGAAAGAAGGGGUGAAGCAACAUUUUCCACCCAACGAUUUGAUCAUGAAAGAUCUUCAAACUAUAGAAAACUUCGAUAGAACCAAGACGUCUCCAAAGCCAAAAGACAUAAAUCAAAAAUAUACUUAUGAAUAUACUUAUCUUAUGAAUUUCCACCCGCGAAAGAACAAUAAAUCACCAGAACACCCAUGUGAUACUUAGGCUUGUUAACCAUAGUCCAGUUCCGCCGGUUACCGAAAUGAUUUUCACUAAUAAGAAAAGGAUUUAUUUUUUAUUUCGAAAGCAAGCACAAAAGGGUAAACCCUUUUACAAACGAGUAAUUCAAGUGGGGUGAUACCUGCGGAUAUUGAUCUUGAACUUCUGUAGGGUAUAGUAUUCAGGAAAGACGUGCCUUGUUAGCUGAUUCCACAGGCUUGCUUUUCUCCAAAGAAAUAAAUUCCGAAAAAUUGAAGCUCUGGGUGUCUGCAGGCACAUCUGCCUGUCGAGCAGGUCCUACAAAUGCUGCUCUAGACGGGAUUAUGUUGGACAGCUCGGAAAAGCAAUUGUAGUAGUAUCUGUAAAACAGAGUCAGGUCGAUGACCUUUCUUCUAUGCUUUAAGCUGUCCAAGCUUAUGGUCAACUCUGGAUCGCUUAUAAGUCGAAAUGUUCUUUUCUGUAUUGAGUCGAGCAUCCUCAAGGUAUGAUUGGGAGCCGAGCUCCAAAUGUGCGAGCAAUAGUCCAAGGAUGGAUGAAUAUGCUUAAGUUCGAAGAAAUAACCUAAGGGAGACUUUUUCAAAAUUUUCAAGGACUAUUUAAAUGCCAAAAAGAAAUACGUUCUAUACUUUGAAGACGGUGAUUUUCACUAAGUUCUCUGCAACUAGUACGAGAAACGUUCAAAUACAAAGCUUAUGAUUCAGUAAAAUGGAAUCAAGUUUAAUAGGAUAUUAAUAUUUCCACAGACAGAAAAUAUCAAAAAUAAUUACGGUCAACGGAUAACUUAUCACCGAGAUGUAAAUGAAACAGAAACCAAACUUGAGGACUGUACUCUUGACCUACCGUGAAAAACGAUGUUGAAGAAAUAAUUGAUUCAUGUGAUACUUGUAACAUUUAAUCAAUAGCAUUUAAUACAUUCUUUACCAUCAUAAAUUCAGCAUCGCGCUACCAUCAUAUUCCUACGGAGGAAGAGUCCGUACCAAAAACUGUUUUAAUCACACUCGAUUAAGUUUCUGAGAGUAACUUUUGGCAUAGCCUAAGCAAGAAUUUGAAAUUUCAAAAUAAUUCAUUAUUAGAUACUAGAUUAGCAUACUUGAAAGUAUAUCAACUCACUAAAAAACGUAAGGUAAAUAACUUAAUUCACAACUUUGCAAAAAUUAUAAUACUCUAUGCUUCCUUAAAUACUAAUCCUAUUGUAUACAAAAUCUAUAAUUAAUUAUAUUUAUGGUUGUCGCGUCACAAAAAUAAAGGUAAUUAAUUUGAUAAGUUCAUAGAACUUCAAGUGUCUAUGGGAACCGCUUAAGUAAGACGUUGAGGACGGUCAGUUUAUAAUAAAUCUUAACGAAUACAAUACUAAGAAAUUAAAUAGGUAGAUUUAUGAUUCUUCACAGUCACAUUAGGUAAUCCGAGACGAUACGUUAAUGAAGCAUAAAAUAAGAGACAUCUUUUAUAACUUAAUAUAUGGUUAAAAGAUCUUAAAUGGUCCUAUCAGGAAUGGCAAGGUAAUUCGUGCAAUUGAUGUGGGACUAUUUUGUAUCGAACAAACGAUGUCUCUAUGGACCUGUUUGAAUUUCAUAAUAUAAAAAAUUCUUCUAUUUGUCCCGGAAUUCAAUAUUUAGGUUGUAAUAUAGACAAAAUAGCUUGUUAGAGCUAAAAAAUUGCAUAUUAUAGUUUAAAAACAGGGUAUAAGAAAUGUUUGUACUCAGAGUUUGCUUCAUAUGAUAAUUAGUAUUUUACAUUACCUAUUAAAACAAAUAACAUUUUAGACAAAAUAAUUGAAACUAAUACAGUAUCAUAUUUUGUACAUUUGCCGAUAUACAUAUAGGUAUAUCAGUGGUUUAUCUAUGGGUAAAUCACUUUUCAAUGUAUCAAUAUAUGUAAUACGUCUGUAUGGACAGUUUAUAUAAGAGGAAAAGCUGUUCCGACUAAGAAAAACAGAAUGACAAUGAUUUCCCUAUCCUUCGAGGUUCCAGCUCGGUUCUGCGCAGUAUAGAUAAAGUGUGUGAAUGAGAGAAAAAAUGUAUAUUGUCGGCACCAUAACGUAGGGACGUUUUUUCCCAUACCAACUGCCCAUAUAGGAGUAUUACAUAUAUAUGAAUGUAUAUAAUCUUUGUAUGAAUGUAUCAUAGUAUUCCAUAGAUAUUGCAGUACCUCCUCAUAAGAUUGUAACAUUAAAUCGAGGUCUAAUUUCGAUUCUCUCAGCGAUAUUUCGAUUAUUACUAGUUUGUUUGGAGCAGUCCUCUAGGGAUAAAGUCCAAGUUUUAUUUCAAGUUUAUUUUUUUAGAAUUUUAGUUGUUUCAGAUUUUUAUUGUAAUUAAUAUCUGUAAAUAAAAUGGCUCGUGUUUUAGUAGGAAUAAAAAGAGUUAUUGAUUAUGCUGUAAAAGUUCGUGUAAAACCUGAUAAAACGGGUGUCGUAACAGAUGGUGUGAAACAUUCCAUGAAUCCUUUUGAUGAAAUAGCAGUAGAGGAAGCCGUUCGAUUGAAAGAAAAAAAAAUAGCUUCAGAAAUUAUUGCUGUGUCCUGUGGGCCCUUACAGUCUCAAGAAGUACUUAGAACUGCUUUAGCUAUGGGGGUGGAUAAGGGUAUACAUGUUGAAAUAUCUGGAGCAGAAUAUGAGACUUUACAGCCUAUUCAUGUGUCAAAGAUUCUUGCAAAAAUUGCUCAAAAUGAAAAGGCUGAUUUAAUAAUUGUUGGAAAACAGGCUAUUGAUGAUGAUAGUAACCAAACAGCUCAAAUGACAGCAGCAAUUUUAGAUUGGCCACAAGCUACAUUUGCAUCCAAAAUAGAGAAAGGAAAUGCAGAGAUUUCUGUAACUAGAGAAAUUGAUGGCGGUUUAGAAAAUAUUAAAUGUAAAAUUCCAGCUGUGAUUAGUGCAGACCUACGUCUAAAUGAACCACGAUAUGCUACUCUGCCUAAUAUUAUGAAAGCUAAGAAAAAACCGCUUCAAAAAUUGACGCCUAAAGAUUUGGGAAUAGAUGUGUCGCCAAGAAUCCAAAUUCUAAGUGUAGAAGAUCCUCCUACCCGUCAAGCUGGAGCUAUUCUUCCAGAUGUAGAUGCGUUAGUUGGAAAAUUAAAGGAGGGAGGUCAUAUUUAAUUUAAAAUGAACAAUCUCAUUAGUUUCAUUUAAAACUGAAGAAAACAAUUUUCUACUCAAAAAAUAUGUACAGAUUUUAGAAUAUUUUUCUAUGUCAUUUUGUUACAUAGUUGAAGUAAAAAUAUGAUUAUAGAAAAAA